GGGUUUUGUUUAAAUGACGUUCACGAACGUUAGGUUAGUUGUGUCGCAAAAGGCUAUUCAUUCAGGACUUUCACAAGAUUGAGAUAAAGUUUGUAAAGAUCUUAAGACAACUUAAGGUCGGUGACAGUUGUUCGCUUGUUAGGUUAACUGUAUUAUACAGCUAAAUGCUUUUGUAUGAACUGAUGAAAGUUUUCAAUGUUAGAUUAGAUAGAUGGCUACAUCUUUACGUCAUUAUCGAAAACUAAUGUGCUUUUUGGCUCGUUGCCACUGUUACAUAAGCAUGAUUCAGAUACUGAAACGUGUCAGACACUUGGUCACGGCAAAGAUGAAGCCAACAGCUGAGUACGUUCUCGCGUUAAUAGUGUCAGAGUUCCGUAUGCCUGUUCCAUGGGGAGAAAUAAGAGGCAGGAUUUGGGGUCCUGAUGAUGGGCGUCCAGUACUGUGCCUGCAUGGCUGGGGCGACAACAGUGGAACGUUUAACACCCUGAUUCCACUGUUACCUAGAGAUUUGAAGUAUGUGGCCAUAGAUUUGCCUGGCCAUGGCUUCUCCUCACAUAGACCUGCAGGAGUUUUCUACACCUACCCUACUUACUUUUCAGAUGUGCGAAGAGUCAUAGAAGUUCUUCAGUGGAAGCGCUUCUCCAUAAUAGGACACAGUAUGGGUGGCAACAUAGCUGGAAUGUUCAGCGUACUGUAUCCAGAGAUGGUGGAUUCCAUUGUACUACUGGACUCUUAUGGAUUUUUGCCAGCAGACACAACACAGCUGCAUAAAAUUAUGAGAAAAGGGAUAGAUGAAAUGACGGAGUAUGAAAAAAUCAUGGACACCAGGAAGGAAAAGGUUUACUCAUACGAAGCAGCCAAAGAAAGACUGAAGGCAGUAAAUCCAAGUCUUUCAGACCAGUCUGCUCAGAUCCUUCUAGAACGGGGACUCAAAGAGUUCGAAGGAGGAGUUGUUUUCACAAGAGAUUUCAGAAUUAACCUGACGAACACUGCAAGGUUGACCCUGGAGCAGAGUCUCUACAUGCAGUCACAGAUAAAAGCUAAAGUGUUAAUACUGUGGGCGAGCCAAGGUUUUGGGAAAAGCUAUCCACAAUUUAUGCAAUUUGUGGAUUAUACAACUCAACUACGGAAGGGCUGGGAUAGUUUAAAAUCCACCAUCAUGACAGUCGAAGGAGACCAUCACGUCCACUUAAACAACCCGGAUGUGGUGGCACCCUUCAUCAGUGACUUUCUGCUGUCCCAGACUUCUGAGCCCACCGCUGGGGCUCUAGGCACCAGUCAAACUGCCAAAUUAUGAGUGGGGUCCCAGCCCCUUGAUGCCUAGUCAAAUUCACACUGCUUAACACACUUGCUUUUGUAAUUAUUAUGGAACUCAGUGGUUCCUGCUGAUUUUAAAUUCGUUUUGUAUUUGAUGACUUAAGUGCCAUACAGCAGGUGGGGGUAUGCGGAUGAACAAAGCGCAUGGUACCCCCCCCCGGGCUAUUGUAUAUCCAAUAAAUAGUGUGCAGCUGCUAAUACAGGUACAGUGUGGUGAAAAUGUUUGCCCCCUGUCUGAAUUACAUAAUUUGUGCACAUUUCUAAUGCAGAAUGAUUUUGUCUUAAGUCAAGACCUAAUAGUGCAUAAAAGGCAACAAAACAGCAUGAUGGACAUUUUAUGCAUUUUUUAAAGAAAUAAUAUUCAACACCCAAGUUUUUCACCUAUGUGAAAAAGUGAUUGCCCCCUUCCUUUCAAUAGCUGGUUACACCCCCUUAUCAGCAAUAACUGCAACUGUUUUCUGUAGUUAGUGUUUAGUGUCUCACAAUGCAGUGGAGGAAUCUUGAUCCCAUUCUUCCUUGCAAAACUGCUUCAACUCAGUGACAUUUGUAGAUUUACAAGCAUGAACUGGUCCCGCCGCUACAUUUCAAUAGGGUUUAGAUCUGGACUUUGACUGGACCGUUCCACAAGUUGAAAUAUUUUGUUUGUUUAACCAUUGGGAGGUAGACAUCUGUGUGUAUUUUGGAUCAUUGUCAUGUUGCAUGAUCCAACUGCAUUUCUGCUUCAGUUCAUGGACACAGAGCCUGACAUUUUAUUUUUGAAGAAUUCUCUGAUGACACAGAGCAGAAUUCAAAGUUCCCUCAAAGACAUAAUGGCAUAGCCAGACCAUCCCACUACCACCACUAAAGUAAGAGAGUAUGGAGCUCUUACUUUGAAAAGCAUUGUUAGGUUUUUGCCAGACAUGAGGGCAGCCAAGGUCAGCCGGAGAACUCAACUUUAGGUUCAUCUGUCCAUAACCCAUUGUUCUAAAGCUUAGGAGGAUGAUCUAGGUUUUUCUUGGCAAACCUGAGAGAAACAUUUACAUUCUUCUUUAGCAGUGGUUUCUGCUGUGCUAUUCUGCCAUUUAUCCCAUUCUUGACUAUUGUGUUCCUGAUGCUUGAGGCAUGAACACUGACCUAAUCUGAGGCAAGAGAGGCUCACAGUGGUUUAAAUAAUAUUGUUGGAUUCUUUUUCACUUCCUGGAUGAUUUUACAUCCACUCCUGGGGAUAUUAUUUACUGUUCCCAGCAUUCCCCUUUUGGACAAUAGGGCAUUGUUUGACGUUCGAUGGAACACCUUUUCAUACCUGAAGAUCGGGUAAUUGAUACUUUGCACACUAAAGACAUGAAAGAAAGAAGCACCAAACUUUUGUGUCAAUUUCACUGCCUAUAUAUAUAUGUGUGUGUGUGUAUAUGUGUAUAUAUGUGUGUGUGUGUGUGU